UUUAAAUUUUUAUGUUGGCAACACCUUUUGAAAUUUUUUUGGAAUCAAAAAUUCAAGUCGUCGUGCAGCAAAAAUUGUUCCAUUUUCGACUGCCAUAUAAUAAAUGUACUAAGCUAAACGAUACAAAAAUUCUGUAACUUCGCAUUUAUAGUAUCAAAUUAAAUAUAACCUAAACGUUGAAUAUGACAGCCAACCCUAACUAUAAGCCGUCCGAAAGCAAGAGGGAGGAGUUCAGAAAGUAUUUAGAAAAGACUGGCGUCAUGGACGCUUUAACAAAAGUAUUAGUUUCGUUGUACGAAGAACCAGAUAAACCCGAUAAUGCAGUAGAAUAUAUAUGUAACAAAUUGUCAAAUCAGAUAUGUGGAGAAACAUUGACCGAUAUACGAGCAAACUUACAAGAAGCUUUAACUAAAAUUUCAGACUUAGAAAAGGAGAAUGCGGCAAUGAAGGUAGAACCGGAAGGGCCUUCCGAAGAAGCCGACGAUGUACCUGCAGAUUAAAUCUGAUAUUAUUAUGUUAAAAUUUCAUAAAAAGUGUACUUUCCCUUGUAACUUAAUAAAAUGUUAACAAUUUA